AUGCAAGUUGGAGAUAAGACUGUGGGAAUUGGAUUUUCUGCAUGCCUUACUCACUCACAUUCCAAGGAUGUGGAUGUGUUGGAGAUUUUGGUGGUGAAGAAGCUUCUGGAUUUGUGGUAUGCAAGCAUGGGCUGGAUCUUCAUGCCUCAUUCAGCCACUCAGAUCGAUGGAAUUGAUUUGGAGUAA